CAUAGUUGUCUUGGCUCGGGUUCACCUGAGCUGCGGGGCUACUGUGCCUGCAGCCUGAAAUGGUAACUGUAUCUUUAAGGCGCUUGUCUACCACUGUCUGCUUUGUUUAGCCAGAGGGGAGAGUCACGCCAUCAGAACAGAAGAACAUGCUUUAAUUCUGAAAAGUAUAGGUAAACAAAGGUAAGAAACGUUCACCUCUGGAGCAAGAAUCGACUAUUUGGGCAAGGUUACCGUUGUUUCGUGCGUGUCGGAAUGAAGUCUACUCAAAUCUUACUAUCCACUGCACUUAUUUUCCUUCUCUCGGGACUUUCCAUGACCACAGCCUGCAACAAGGCUCUCUGUGCCAGUGAUGUCAGCAAAUGUCUCAUUCAGGAGCUGUGUCAGUGCAGGCCCUCGGAUGGGAACUGCUCGUGCUGUAAAGAGUGUAUGCUCUGUCUUGGCACACUGUGGGAGGAGUGCUGCGACUGUGUGGGGAUGUGUAACCCUAGGAACUACAGUGACACUCCAGCUACCUCCAAAAGCACGGUGGAGGAACUCUACCGACCCAUCCCCUCACUGUUCCGCGCCCUCACCGAGGGCGAAGCGCCCAUCAACAUGAUGGUGGUAUCCUUCCCCGUGGCCGAGGAACUAUCUUACCACGAGAACCUGGUGUCUUUCCUGGAGACCAUCGAGGACCAGCACCAAAAUGUCUCCCUGCCUGGGAACAGUAUCCACGCCAGCUACGAUAACAGCCAAAGUACUGAAGAUAACAUGUGCACCGUGGUGUACUUUGAUGACUGUGUGUCCAUCCGCCAGUGCAAGCAGUACUGCGAGUCCAUGGGCGGCUCCAAGUACCGCUGGUUCCACAACGCCUGCUGUGAAUGCAUCGGCCCGGAGUGCCUCGACUACGGCAGCAAAGCCGUCAAGUGCAUGAACUGCCUGUUCUAAUGAAAGCCAAUGGGACUAGCCACGUUAGGGUACUGUGCUCAAAAUGCCACAAGGGGGCACUGUCUGCAAUAUGCAGAUUAGCUGAUGAGGUUGACUGAGGAAGAUGACUUGUGCCUCAGCCUUUUUGUAAAAUGUUUCCAUGUUGUGAUGUAAAAUAUUAGCCCUUACAAAUUAUUUUUCACUCUUGAAUUAGUUUUUAUAUCUUAUAUAGGUUCUCUAGCAGAGAAUAAAUAUAUAUUGAUUGUUUUAUAUUCUCAUAUAGUUAAUGCUGAAAGAGUCACUAUGACCAAAUCGUUUUACUAUAUAUAUAUAUAUAUAUA